GGCAGGAGAGCAGAAGGAAGUGAAUCAGUGAAUUGUAGUUGCUUACAUAGUUACCUUCAUGCGUUUGACUUUUUCGUAAUCAAGUUUCACACAGAAUUUUAACAGGAUACACUUGAGGACAUUUGUUAUAAAAGAAGACUUCGCAGUUAAAGCAGUUUCUAGCAGCAAAAUAAGCAGUAUACGGGUUCCAGUGACCCCGGGCGCAAUGCUGCUCACCGUGUUUUGUGCACCGAGAGACCGCUCGGAAACCACUUUUGCCCUGGAGGUGUCCCCAGAACUUGAACUCAGGGAUUUUUUGGCUCUUUGUGAACUAGAAUCAGGAAUACCGGCCGGGGAAAUUCAGAUUUCAUAUGCAGAGCAGCCUUUACAUGAUCCCACCCGUGCCCUGGGGAACUACGGCCUGAAGGAUGGAGACGUGGUGGUGUUAAGACAGGCAGAGAGAAUACUGCCAUCACAACCCACAAUUCCAGGGCUGCCACGAAUCGAUUUCAGUUCUAUUGCUGUGCCCGGGACAUCCUCAGGCCAAAACAGACCGCAACAAACCCAACGUCCCAGUGCCACCUCGUCAGUGCUGCCCCAAGCCACCACCCCAGGUUCAGGGUCAAGCUCAGGCUCCGGCUCAGCCCUUUCUCAGGGAUUGGACAACCCAGCCUUGCUACGUGACAUGUUGCUGGCAAACCCACAUGAGUUGUCAUUGCUGAAGGAGCGAAACCCUCCCCUUGCUGAGGCUCUACUGAGUGGUGACCUUGAGCGCUUCACCAAGGUGCUUUUGGAGCAGCAGCAGGACCGAGCCAAAAGAGAGAGGGAGAGAAUCAGACUGCUGACCGCAGAUCCCUUUGACCUUGAGGCCCAGGCCAAGAUUGAGGAGGAAAUCAGACAGCACAACAUUGAGGAGAAUAUGACCAUUGCAAUGGAAGAAGCACCUGAGAGUUUUGGCCAGGUGGUCAUGCUUUACAUUAACUGCAUAGUCAAUGGACACCCUGUAAAGGCCUUUGUUGACUCAGGAGCUCAGAUGACCAUUAUGAGUCAAGCAUGUGCAGAGCGGUGCAAUAUCAUGCGUCUGGUUGACAGACGCUGGGCAGGCAUUGCCAAAGGUGUCGGAACACAGAAAAUUAUUGGCAGAGUCCAUUUGGCCCAGGUGCAGAUUGAAGGAGAUUUUCUGCCCUGCUCUUUCUCCAUUUUGGAGGAUCAACCCAUGGACAUGCUGCUGGGCCUUGACAUGCUGAAAAGACACCAGUGCUCUAUAGAUCUUAAGAAAAAUGUCCUCCUAAUUGGGACGACUGGUACAGAGACCCGUUUUCUGCCUGAGGCAGAGCUGCCCGAAUGUGCCCGGCUGGCAUAUGGGGCAGAGGGACGAGAGGAAACCCAACCUGAGGAGAUUGCAGACCGAGAGCUGGCAGAGGCAAUACAAAGAUCUGUGCAGGACAGCGAUAUUGAAGAUGGAACAACUACCUCACCACAAUCCCUGCCAUUCACGUCGCCAUCUUCCAACUCAAGUUAUCCACAUAGUCUCACCCUGGAUCGUUCCAAGUCUGCCCCAGCUUCUAUAAACCAGGGACCAUCUCCAAUUGAAAUUCCCCACCCAUAUUCCACCCUGGAAUCAACUGUAUCCUCCCCACUUCCACCCCUGAAAGUGGGAGAACCCUUUCUAGAUCCCCCUGUUGGCACCUUAUGCCCUCAGUCCCAAGUAUUGGCUGAUUCCAUCUCCUCUUGCGUAAAGACAGCUGCUCCCAACACAAGCUCUCUUCCCUCUCAGGAACCAUUCUGUAGUACGGUGUCUGAGAACAAUAUAGUGACAGGUGGCAUCAUUACAGGAGAUUCUGACAGUCAGAUAGACACCGUUAUGAGGAACAAUAUCAUGUCCUCUGGAACUGUAGCAGCAGAAUCUCCCUUUACGCUCUUUAACCCAACCACUCAGAUUCAAGCAUUCGAUCAGGAAGUGGACAUGGAUGUUUCUUCUAAUGCAAAACAAGAAGUUGGCUAUGACUUAACAGAACAGUUCCAGAGAGAGCAUAGCAGUGUGAUGGAAAAUGUUUCAGGGGCUCAACCACAACUCAUGCCUGUUCCAGAUUUGAAAUUUCAACCCUGUCAUGCAAAGCCAGCCACUUCCUCCGGGUCCUCUCCUGCCCAUUCAGACUCUGAAAAGAGUAUGGAUCGUGUAAUACCCUCUGAGAGAGACCAACUGGAAGCAGAUAACGCCCCAUCCCUGGCUAAGGCUCUUAAAGAGCUACAUAAACUUCUGAUGUCUAACAGCUGUCCUCCAAUGUGUGAAAGGAGCCCUCUGUCUGACUCCAAUGCUUCAACACCCAGCCAGGAUGCUGAUGAGGUGGACCAGGAUCCUACUUCAAGAAACCAUAACACUCUGAACCCAACUGUUGACUCAUCCUCGACUGCCACAGCAAAUGACAUGGAGGACAGUGUUGCCAAAGCUGACUUUACUUCUCAAUCAGUGUGGGAUACAUCAGACUUGCCAACAUCAAGCAAUUCAAGGCAUCCAGAGAACCAAACUACUAGUCUGGCAGAUCCUGGAAAGAAAAAAGAGAUUCAGUGUUCUUAUACCCCUGAGGGAAACCAGGCUCAGGGAGUUAGUGAUGAGGGAGGUACUGGGUCAACGUUAUCAGAGAUAAUGUCUUUCCAGGAAGAUCUUGAGUUUAGAGAAACCCCUGAUGUUCAGAAAGAGCAGGAUGUUGCAGAUGGAAACACUUCAGGCAUUGUCAUCUCCAGCUCUGCUGACCCGUCUCAGCAGUGCCCCCUUUCUUUAGCAGCUGGCUCAUCCAAUUCCUGCCUUGGACCUGUUGCGUCACCUGAUCCUCAAAAACAAGCCCCUGAGAUGGAUCCUCUUUUCCUUGGAGACUCCAUCCAGCCUUCAUCACAGCCCUCAAUGGGACGGUUUCCACUAGAGCACAUUCAGAGGAUCCAAGCAUCAGGUUUCUCAGCCCAUGAGGCUGCUGAGGCACUGGAACAAGCUCAAGGCAUUGUAGAGCUUGCCUUACUGAUGUUGUUGGCAAGAACGAUCACUGUGCCCACCUAGAUCCCAAAGCAACCUGCUGUGGUGGCAUCAGUUAACAUUUGAUCCCUUUUAUCAUCACAUUAUUUUCCUUUAGCAGUCCUCAUUGUUUUGUACUUUAUGGUCUUAUUCUGGCUCUAUACUUUGCCAGCAUACAAAAUGUUCAACAAAAAAUGUCUAAGAAGCUGGCCAUAUCUCCCUUUCAACAAAACAACAAUGGGUAUGCAGUAUUUUUAAGAAGUUUUGCAUGUUGCCUCAAGUUUCUUAAUGGAUUGCUGGUUUUAUUGGUUUGGUUAAAUUGGUUUGGUUAAAUAAGUAUGAUAAAUUGACAGACAUUUUACUUGUUUAAAUAGUUCAGUAAUAAAUUGUUGGGUUGUAGCGAACAUGAUCUUCUGCCUUGUCAGAAAUAGACCUGUUUCAUUCAUCCAACUACUGCAUGGUUUUAAAUCUCAAGUGAUUUUGUGCCUGAUGUUUACUUGCCCUCAAUAGAAACUUCUGAAGCAUUUAAGUUAGUUUAUUUUAGUAAACCGGUAGAGCACACAUUGCAGACUACACUUUCCAAUUUAAUUGGCAAUGUCUAAACUUUCUCUAAGUUCAUUUUCACUUUAGUUGUUUUAUUUGAUGGUUGCCAAUCCUGUAUAACUUGACAUGUUUUCAAUAGGUUGCCUUUUGAAAUUAUUAAAGAGUAGACUUUUAACUACCAUGAUCUUUGCGUUCAUAGUCUAUCAUUCAUCAAUACUGGUCAGUGAUUUGUGAAGGAUGUAUGAACUAAUAUGAAAGGGAAGGUCUGAUGCAUUACCAAACAGUUGGAGAAAUGAUUUGAUCAUCAGUCUUUUUAUUGGAAUCAGGAUUUUGUGGUGAUAUUUUAAAUUUUGCUUUUGAGAGAAAUAAAACCAACACUUGUUGGUUGACUAGUAGUCUACAGAAAGAGAUUCUUUUUUUUUUUUUUGCCCAUCUGCCCUCAGAGCAGCUACCACUACAUUUUGUUGAGCUGUCUCUUUUAAUUCUAUUAUUUGUUGUCCAUUGUCUAAAUACUUUUGAUUUCAGUGUAAAGUCCUGACAUGCCCUUCCCAGCUGUCUGUGAUCUGUUGUGAUGUCUACACUCUUGUCAUUUUUUUUUUAAUUGUCAUCUCUGGGUCAUAUAUGAAUAGUGUUCAAACUAUUUGAAAUACUCAUUCUUGUAUACAGUUUAAAAACCAAAUAAAAGGAAAAAGUGAUU